UGGUUGUUGGCUCGACGGGAUGGGCUGAGUGUGGGAGAUGGUGGGAGGAAAGGGGAGAAAGGAGUUGAGAAGAGAGGAACACAACACGGCAGGGCAGAGGAAAAAAGAGGAAGAAAAAAAUUAAUAAUCAUAAUAAUAUGAGCAGCAAGGGGUUGGAGUAGGACGACAGCCAACGGAAGACAAGACCCUGGGCGUUGGCGAAGGGGUACGACAUACAGGAAGCCAUCCGGUUGGCACAAAGCUGUUAUUUAAAUCAUUUUCAGAGACAUGCACUGCUGCCCUGCCACGCAGUCUGCCGAGUCCAACGGAGGAGUGUACGCCGUGAGACCCCUGCAGGGCCGCAUGAGGAUGGAGAAGGGGACUGGAGGGCGUCUACAGCGGUCUGACUGGGAAUCUGCCUGUCCAUCCGUCGCUGUCGUCGUCGUCGUCGUCGUGCUCAGUGUUGUCUUCUCCGAUCUUCGCCGCCAACAGCUCAACUACGAAGGGGUGAGAACGCAGCGCAACGGCUCGCUGCGUUCAGAACAGUGGCUCAGCAUCAUGGCAAAGCAACGAAAGAAAAGGAUGACGACGACGCACCCCGCCAAGUGCAAGGUGAAGACAAGAGCAGCUGAGUCGGAUUCGACGGAUCUGAACGGUAGCCCUCUCCAGCAGAAUAAGAACACAAACAACCAGUGCAACAACCCUGACUUGUCCUUCUUCUUUCCCAAGGGCAACCAGGACAUGGCCAUGAUACUCGGUAUUUGA